AUGUUUGCUAAAAAAGGCAGUUAAUAAAAAAGUAUAAUAUGUAUUUCUGUAGGAGAUGCAAAUGUUGGAAAAUCUUCUAUAUUUGCAAGGCAAUUUUAUGGAGAGGUUCCUCAAUAAAAUUCCCUCUAUGUUGAUUAUUCAACCAUAUUGGUGAGAAAAGGAAAUGAAGAGAUUUAAUUUAAAUUUUGGGUCAUAAAUCACCUUCACAAACAUUUAACAUCAUAAUAUUAUAGAACUUCUAUUUUAAUUAUGAUUUACGAUAUUACAAGCAGAGACUCAUUUACACAUAUUUAAUAUUAUUAUGAAGAUUAUGUUAAAAAAUGUAAUAUAAAAUCAAUAAUUGCUCUUGUUGGAAAUAAGAAGGAUCUAAAUGAGUUUAGAUAAGUUUCAUUUUAGGAGGGUUAAGAUCUAGCCAAAUCAUUAGGUGUAGAUUUUUUUGAAGUAUCUGCUUUUACAGGUGAUAAAGUAAAAGAUUUGUAUGACUUUUUAAUAAACUAGUCUUUUGAUACAGCUAAUUUUGAAUGA